UGCGAUGUGAUGUGAUGAGAUGAUGGGCCUUGCCCUCCUAUAAAUAAGAUGCUUCCCUGCUGGAAGACCAUCAUUCAAUCGUCCGCUGGAGUGUAAAGUAGUUGACCGUUUUCUCAGUCUUCUUCUCCCUCAACUUCACAUCAUGAACCGUAUCGUAAUCCUCCUCGCCGUCGUGGUGGCUGCAUCCGCUCAACGCGGUGGAGUCGACCCAAAGAACGCCGCCAUUUUGGCGGAAGCUCGCUAUCUUUCCGGAGACGGUAGUUUUGGCGCAGCUUACGUGCAAGAGGAUCAAACCGAGUUCAAGGAAGAGACUGGAACGAACGGAGAGCGAAAGGGGCAAUAUUCUUACGUCGACAGGGACGGCAAGAAGUUCACCGUGCACUACACCGCCGGAAAGAAUGGGUUCCAAGUUAGUGGCGAUCAUCUCCCGAAAGCCCCAGCUGCCGACCCCAUUCACACGCAACGAGCCCCAGCCGCCCCACAAUACAACACUCAGCCACAGUACAACGCUAUUCCACACCAGCCAGCCCCCCAACAGAACUAUGCUCGAGGGGGUGCUGAUGACGAUGGUCAAUACCGACCAGAGCUCCACGAGGCUCCAUACCAAUACCGGGAGGGCAGCAGCAACAACAAUGGACAACAAUACCAACAAGCCCAGUACAACCCAGCUCCCCAACAACAAGCCCGACCAGCCCCACAACAAUUCAGCCAAGGCUUCAACUACCAAAAUCAAGGGUUCUCCAACAACUAUCAGCAACCCAUCCAGACCACGACCCCACAACCCACGCGCUUCUUCCCCCCUGGCAAAUUGGACCUCAACCGAACCCCGGACGGUUUCAACUAUCAAUUCCAAUCUAGACAGUAAAUUUCUAGUAAAUGUUUUAGCAAAUUUUAUAUUAAUUUAAAACUUUCUUCUUCUCCCAAUUUGGAAAUUUUCUUCAAAAAAUUUACAUCUUUCUUAUACCCACGCUUUAUUAUGGAACUUUUGUAUACAAUUUUACAGAAAAAGGAGAAAAAAUACAAAAAUAAAUGAGCUACUUUUUUAUAAAA